AUGGAGACACACGGUGAGAUAAGGGUGUCAAAGUUCAAGAGGGUUUGUGUCUUCUGUGGGAGUAGCCCUGGCAAAAAGAGAAGCUACCAAGAUGCUGCCAUUGAGCUUGGCAAUGAAUUGGUUUCAAGGAACAUUGAUCUGGUCUAUGGAGGAGGAAGCAUUGGCUUAAUGGGUUUGGUUUCCCAAGCUGUUCAUGAUGGUGGUCGGCAUGUCAUUGGAGUUAUUCCCAAGACACUCAUGCCUCGAGAGCUAACUGGCGAAACAGUAGGAGAAGUAAAGGCUGUAGCUGAUAUGCACCAAAGAAAGGCAGAGAUGGCCAAGCAUUCAGAUGCCUUUAUUGCCUUACCAGGUGGCUAUGGGACUCUAGAGGAGCUUCUUGAAGUUAUAACUUGGGCUCAACUUGGGAUCCAUGACAAACCGGUGGGAUUAGUAAAUGUUGAUGGAUACUUCAAUUCGUUGCUAUCAUUUAUUGAUAAAGCUGUUGAAGAGGGAUUUAUUAGUCCUAAUGCCCGCCACAUUAUUGUGUCAGCACCAACAUCAAAAGAGUUAGUAAAGAAAUUGGAGGAAUACGUUCCCUGUCACGAAAGUGUUGCUUCCAAGUUGAGCUGGCAGAUGGAGCAACAACUCACUUAUCCCGAAGAGUAUGACAUCUCAAGGUAG